GAAAUGAACAUUUUUCAUUUUUUUCAGUUUCAAUUGUUUACGUUUAUUUUUCACAUUUAUUUCUGUGAAAAUGUUAAUUAAUUAUCGGUUGCAAAAACGAUUACAUGGUUUAAAUAGACAGUAAGUUUGUUAAAAGGGCACCAACAUAGUAAAGUUUACAGCUAAAUUCAAAAUCAAAAUGGAUAAUAUAACAUACAAAAGUUAUCACGUUACUUUUAUGGAGAACAAUGAUGGAACAACUGUCCUGCAUACAUUCUUUCGUGUACUUUUGAGUGUUCAGACGGCUUUACUGUCUUCUAUUCGGCCGAUGUUCGCUGAACAGGAACAAUACGCGUAUGAAUAUGUUUCUAUAAUACUAUCUAUGAUAACUGCCCACACUGUAUUCGUUGAUCAGUUGUACAUGAUAAAUUUUGUAACAUUUUGCUUUAUUGCAUAUGAAUUUUACAUCACCAAUAGUAUCGAAGACAUUUGCAAAGCAUUGACGAAGCUAAACAAUGUAAGCACUGCCAAAAUUCAAACUAUAACAUUCCUGCGCGGCCUUACAUACUUAAUUACUGUGUUUUGUAUCCUUGCUGUGGACUUUCAAGACUUUCCAAGGUAUUUAGCUAAAACUGAGAGAUAUGGCUACAGUUUAAUGGACACUGGGGUUGGUUUGUUUGUUAUUAUGAGCGGUUUAGUGCAUAAAGAUGCGAAUAGAAGCAACCUUUGGUCUAUAAUAGUAAGUAAUGCAAAAUUUCUUACUGUACUAAUUUCUUUAGGUCUAGUGAGAUUUGUAACUAUCAAACAACUAGAUUAUCAAGAGCAUGUCACAGAAUAUGGGGUACAUUGGAAUUUCUUCUUUACUUUGGCUGUUUGUAAACUGUUUUCAUCUAUUAUACUCAAUUACACUAAGAAACCGUUAUUAUUGAGUUCAUUAAUACUUAUUUUACAUGAAGGCCUAUUGUAUCUCGGGCUACAAGAUUGGGUGUUUGCUGAAAAUGAUAGGGUAUCUUUGCUUGAUGCUAAUAGGGAAGGUAUUGUGUCAAGUUUGGGUUAUGUCUCUAUAUACCUUUAUGCUGUUUAUAUCCGAUCUAUCUUCCAUAACAAUUCAUUGUAUAGAUAUGAGGUUUUGAAAAAGUUUGCAUUUAAUAUAGCUAUACUUUGGGUUUUAUCAUUUUUUAUCAAUAUAUUCCGACCUACUUCAAGAACAUUGGCUAAUGCAGGCUUCUGUUUGUAUGUAGAGGCAAUAAUAAUUACCAUUUCUUUGAUUGUAUAUUUCUUUGAAGUGGUAUAUCAAGAUAAGGAGAGAAGUUUAAGUUUCAAUGUGCCUUACACACUGUUGGCUAUUAACCAAAAUGGUUUAUUAUACUUUCUUGUAGCUAAUUUAUUAACGGGCUUAAUAAAUAUAAAUAUCAGAACUUUGUUAGUGAGCAGUUUCACAACAUUUAUAAUACUAAACAUGUACAUGCUUCUUACUUUAGGAUUUAAUGUUUAUUUGAAGAGUAAAGGUAUUAAGAUUUAAACACAAUGUAAGGGUUUGUUUUUUAUUUUAUAAGUUGUCACAAUU